GAGGGCACAGGAGGAGGCCUGCAGAGCUGGGCGCGUGGCCUGCACCACAGAAUGCAGGGGUCACUUCUGGCAGGACUCUGCUUUCUGCUGAGCUUGUCUGGAGCUGAGGCUCAGGUUGUCAAAGGCCCUUGCAAUCRGUGCCCCUUGCACGGAUCCUGCGUCAACAGCACUCACUGCACCUGCAACCCUGGAUUUAUUUCUGGAUCUGGGAAGCAAUUUUUCACAUACCCCCUGGAGAUAUGUAAAGAUAUCGAUGAGUGUAAACCGCCCAUCAGUAUAUACUGUGGAUUAAAUGCUGAGUGUAAGAAUGUCGAAGGAAGUUUUCACUGUCGCUGCGUGCCUGGAUAUGCGCUCCUCUCUGGAGAUGUGCAAUUCAACAAUUCCAAUGAGAACACUUGUCAGAAUAUCACCUUCUCAAAGACACCCAACGGCCACACAGAGCUCCAACAGAUUGUCAACAACGUUGAGUCACUUCUCACCAAUCAGACUUUCUGGGGAGCAGGAAGCAAGCAAGAAGUCGCUUCAACAGCCUCRUCUAUCCUCCAGAAUGUGGAAUCCAAAGUUCUAGAAACUGCCUUGAGGGCCCCAGGACAAAAAAUCCAGAAGGUCCAAAACAGUACUGUGGCUGUCGAAACUCGAGUGGUUUCAGACAAUUGCUCCAAAGAAAGAGAGGCAUUCCGCUUACACACCCAGAUGAACUCCGUGGACAUCCACUGCAUCGAUGUCAUCCAGGGACGCGCACAAGGUACCRGCCAGCGGCACUCAGGGCCCUCAGAGCGGGGCCUCGGGCAAGUGCUGUGCGCGGUCAUCGCGGGCGCCCUGCACUACCUCUACCUGGCCGCCUUCACCUGGAUGCUGCUGGAGGGGCUGUUCCUCUUCCUCACGGCGCGGAACCUGACCGUGGUCAACUACUCCAGCGUGAACAAGCUCAUGAAGUGGCUCAGGUUCCCGGUCGGCUACGGGGCUCCUGCAGUGAUUGUGGCCAUCUCAGCAGCCGCCAGGCCUCACCUUUAUGGGACACCUGCWCGCUGCUGGCUCCGCCUGGACCAAGGAUUCAUCUGGGGGUUCCUCGGCCCCGUCUGCGCCAUCAUCCUCGUGAAUUUAGUGUUUUUUCUUUCGGUCCUUUGGCUUCUGAGAAAGAAACUUUCCUCCCUCAACAGUGAGGUGUCAACCAUCCAGAACACGAGGAUGCUGACCCUCAAAGCCACAGCUCAGGUCCUCAUCCUGGGCUGCACGUGGUGUCUGGGCGUCCUGCAGGUGGGUCCCGCUGGCCAGGUCCUGGCGUAUCUCUUCACCAUCAUCAACAGCCUGCAGGGCUUUUUCAUCUUCCUGGUCUACUGUCUGCUCAGCCAACAGGUCCGGAAACAAUACCGAAAGUGGUUUAGUGAUGUCACAAAAUCAAAGUCUAAGUCUGAGAUACAGACGCUCUCCAGCAGGCUUGGCCCCGACUUAAAACUCAGCGAGUGAGAACAAGUGAAGAGAUGAUACUAAAACUAGARCAUUCAGCUCCAUAUGGAAGAUCCUGCCCAUGG